GCUCUUUCUUCUGAUCUGAUAAGAGUUCAAUCUUCCUCGUCGUCUCCUUGUUGUCCGCUCGCAUCUCGCCGCAUCGACGAUAAACUGGGUUUGUUGUGAGGUGAUUGAAGUUUCGUUUCGUAGAAGAAAGAUGUACAACGGAAUAGGAUUACAGACGGCGAGAGGCUCAGGGACUAACGGUUACGUUCAGACGAACAAGUUCUUCGUGAGGCCCAGGAACGGUGGUAAGCCCGUUAGUGGCGGAAAGGGGUUUGCGGAUGAUCAGGGAACCGCUGGUUUAUCCAAGAAACCGAACAAAGACAUCCUCGAGCAUGACCGUAAGCGUCAGAUCCAUCUCAAGCUCGCUGUGCUCGAAGACGAGCUCUCGGACCAGGGCUUCUCUGAUGCGGAGAUUGCUGAGAGGCUUGAGGAAGCGAGGUUGAAGUUUGAAGCUGCUACUGCUGCUGGUGGUUCUGAGGAGAGUGAUGCGAAGAUAUCUGAUACGCAGACGCAUCAGGUUGCUGCGAGGAAGGAGAAGCAGAUGGAAGCGUUUCGAGCUGCGCUUGGCUUGACUGAUCAGGAGCAGGCUGAGGAAGGGAUGAUUGAGGAGGAGGAGCCGACGGGGGUUGUGAAAGAGAGGCGGGAACAUUCGUUUUUGGACCGUGGUAGUGGGAGGAAGAGAGAUGAGGAUGUGGAGGUGAAGGAUGGUAAGGUUAAGGAGAGCAAGAAGCAGGGUGGUGAUGAAGUGAAACGUCAGAAGAAGAAAGAGAGCAAGAAGAGAAGACAUGAUGAUGACUCGUCUGAGUCUGAUGGUAAGGGUCGUGACCGCAGAAGGCGGUCGAAGAAGAAGGCUAAGGGGCGUAAACAAGAGAGUGACAGUGAAAGUGACUCAAGCAGCGCUGAUUCUGACUCUGGCAGUGACAGUGGAGAGAAGAGGAGAAGGAAGCCUACAAAGAAACGAGGUAGAAGCAGAAGAAGUGUUUCUUCUGAAUCUGAAUCUGAAGCUGAGAGUGAUGACAGCCUGAAGCUUCGGAAGUCACACAAAAAGAGUCGGCCCUCCAACCAAACUGUUUCGAAAGAUUCAAGGGACAAACCUGACGAAGGAAGAAGUGGGCGAAAGAGGCAUGAUUCUGAUGUUAGCGAGCCUGAGUCUGAGGAUGAGAAACAACAACUGCGGAAGAAAGAAGAAGCUUACCGUAGUGGACAAAAGCAGAAAAGAGAUGAGGAAGACCUGGAGUCUAAUCUCAAGGACAUGCGUAGAGGUGGCAAGAAAGCUGCAAGAGACUCUGAUGACAGUGAGGCCGAGUAUGGGAACAACAAGAAACAGUUGCGCAGUAAAGUAGAAGUUUACAGUGGAGGAAUGAGCAAGAAGAGGGACGAAGAAGAGACCCUGCCCAAGCAUGACAAGGACACCUAUAGGAGUGAUUCUCGUAGCAAGCAAGUUGCAGGAGACUCUUCUGAUGACAGUGAGGCUGAGUAUGAAAAUAGGAGGAAGCUGAAGGAUGACAGUUACCAAAGAGGAAGGAAGCAGAUAAGAGAGGAGGACCACGGUCACCAUGGAAGGGACAGGUAUAGAAGCGAUGAUGCUGGUCAGAGACGUGGAACAGUUAAGGAUGUUGAUGAUAGGUAUAGAGGUCAAGCCAGCGAGGAAGAGGAUGACAGUGACAGGGAUAGAUACAGACAGAGACGUGAAGUGGUUAGAAAGGAUGAUGAAGAGUACAAGCGUGGCAGGGACAGGUACAGAGGCGAUAAGGAGGACAGGUACAGAGAUGAUGUUGCUGCUGGGAAAAGACAUGUGACGGGUAAGGAAGACGAAGAUGAUGAAAGAGUUAACAGGGAGCGUGAGUACUCAAACAAGGGUCGAAGUCAUUACGAUGGCAGAUCAAGCGAGAAGAGGUCCUCCUACGGUGAUAGAGACUAAUGAUAAUCUUGUUUCAUAUGUAUGUUUUGAAGUUUCCCAAACAUUCGUGCGUCUUUUAUGGGUUUGUCGCAACAUAAACCUUGUUUUGCUUGCAGACUAUCUUUGAGACUUUUAUUAAUGUUACAUGUUUGUCAAAA